AUGGACUUUUGGUCAACGAGAUGCUCUGAUGGUUUUAUUGGACUUAAAAUUCAUCCAACAAAGAGCAACUACUACUACUACUGCCAAGAAGACUGCGUAGUAAUUGGUAGAUGCGGUGGUCUCUGUAUCUUCAAUGAUCUCUCGAAAACAUGCGAAAAGCUCAAUAUGACCCACCAGCCGAGUAUUAAGAUUUACGACGAAUCCCACGGUACAAUAAGCGUACCUGAAUGUACGAAUGUGGGAAGAUUCCCAAUAGCCUCCAAUUGCUCCUUCUACUACACAUGUGAUCAGAAUUCCGGGUACUUUGUCCAGAAGGUGCUCAAGUGUCCCGGAGGAUCUGAGUAUAACAUUAAUUUAAAUAGAUGCUCCUACUAUGGAAAAUGUACUCCAACGGAAUUCUUAACAUCAGCUGGGGAUGGCAUAUGCCCACCAUGUAAAUACCCGGGAAGAUUUAGAUGUCCAACAGAUUGUUCAAUGUACUGCACAUGCAGCCAAAAGACUGAUGGGAGAUUUUAUCAAACUCAAUAUGCAUGCCCACCUUCAAUGUUCUACGACAUACAGACAGACAAUUGCUUGCCAUCGAAUCUUGUAAAGUGCGAAUAUCUGACUUCUGAUGAAAUAAUUGAGAUGUACAUUGCAAAGAAUAAGAACGAAAGUGUUGUUGAAGAGAAUCCAAUGUAUGAGGAGCCAGAUACAACGGAUAAAGUUAAGGGAGAGUUUGAUUUCUAUGACAUACCAAGAGAAUCUCAAUUGAAACAUACGUACCAACCUACAGAAUUUUCAUAUGAAACUGUUGAAGUUAGCAAAGAUAGUGAAGCAUCUGAUGAUAAAUAUGAAGGACCUAUGAUGCCUCCAGCGCCUACGUAUUUACUACAUUUACCAGAAGAUCAACAAACAGGUGAUCAGUAUGGUGAAGGACACCACGAUGGGUAUGGUAGUGAACAUUAUGGCGGCUACUACGGGCAUGAUUAUGAUCAUCAUAAAGAUGAUCAUCAUGAUCACCAUCAUCAUCAUCACCAGCAUCAUCAUCAUCACAUAGAAACUACUACACCUUGCGAAGAAACUACAACAUCAGCACCAAUAGAGACAACAACUACACCUGAAACACAAACGACAGCACCACCUGCAACAGAAAGUACAGCACCGCCUGCAACAGAAAGUACUGCUCCACCAGUAACCGAAAGUACUUCUCCACCUGUAACCGAAAGUACUGCCCCACCUGUAACCGAAAGUACUGCUCCACCUGUAACCGAAAGUACUGCUCCACCUGUAACCGAAAGUACUGCCCCACCUGUAACCGAAAGUACUGCUUCACCUGUAACAGAAAGUACAGCUCCACCUGUAACCGAAAGUACUGCUCCACCUGUAACCGAAAGUACUGCUUCACCUGUAACAGAAAGUACAGCUCCACCUGUAACCGAAAGUACUGCUCCACCUGUAACCGAAAGUACUGCUCCACCUGUAACCGAAAGUACUGCUCCACCUGUAACCGAAAGUACACCUUGCAUAGAAACCGAAAGUACAGCUCCACCUGUAACCGAAAGCACUGCUCCACCUGUAACAGAAAGUACAUCUCCACCUGUAACCGAAAGUACUGCUCCACCAGUAACCGAAAGUACUUCUCCACCUGUAACCGAAAGUACUGCCCCACCUGUAACCGAAAGUACUGCUCCACCUGUAACCGAAAGUACUGCUCCACCUGUUACCGAAAGUACACCUUGCAUAGAAACCGAAAGUACUGCACCACCUGUAACCGAAAGCACUGCUCCACCUGUAACCGAAAGUACUGCUCCACCUGUAACAGAAAGUACUGCACCACCUGUAACAGAAAGUACUGCUCCACCUGUCACAGAAAGUACUGCCCCACCUGUAACCGAAAGCACUGCUCCACCUGUAACAGAAAGUACACCUUGCAUAGAAACCGAAAGUACUGCUCCACCUGCAACAGAAAGUACUGCUCCACCUGUAACCGAAAGUACUGCUCCACCUGUAACAGAAAGUACUGCUCCACCUGUCACAGAAAGUACUGCUCCACCUGUAACCGAAAGUAGUUCUCCACCUGUAACCGAAAGUACUGCCCCACCUGUAACCGAAAGCACUGCUCCACCUGUAACAGAAAGUACACCUUGCAUAGAAACCGAAAGUACUGCUCCACCUGCAACAGAAAGUACUGCUCCACCUGUAACCGAAAGUACUGCUCCACCUGUAACAGAAAGUACUGCUCCACCUGUCACAGAAAGUACUGCCCCACCUGUAACCGAAAGUAGUUCUCCACCUGUAACCGAAAGUACUGCCCCACCUGUAACCGAAAGUACUGCUCCACCUGUAACCGAAAGUACUGCUCCACCUGUAACAGAAAGUACUGCUCCACCUGUAACCGAAAGUACUGCUCCACCUGUAACAGAAAGUACUGCACCACCUGUAACCGAAAGUACACCUUGCAUAGAAACCGAAAGUACUGCCCCACCUGUAACCGAGAGCACUGCUCCACCUGUAACCGAAAGUACUGCUCCACCUGUAACAGAAAGUACUGCCCCACCUGUAACCGAAAGUACACCUUGCAAAGAAACCGAAAGUACAGCUCCACCUGUGACCGAAAGCACUGCUCCACCUGUAACCGAAAGUACUGCACCACCUGUAACCGAAAGUACUGCUCCACCUGUAACCGAAAGCACUGCUCCACCUGUAACAGAAAGUACAUCUCCACCUGUAACAGAAAGUACAUCUCCACCUGUAACCGAAAGUACUUCUCCACCUGUAACCGAAAGUACUUCUCCACCUGUAACCGAAAGUACUGCUCCACCUGUAACCGAAAGUACUGCUCCACCUGUAACCGAAAGUACUGCUCCACCUGUUACCGAAAGUACACCUUGCAUAGAAACCGAAAGUACAGCUCCACCUGUAACCGAAAGUACUGCUCCACCUGUAACCGAAAGUACUGCUCCACCUGUAACAGAAAGUACUGCACCACCUGUAACCGAAAGUACUGCUCCACCUGUAACCGAAAGUACUGCUCCACCUGUAACUGAAAGUACUGCUCCACCUGUAACAGAAAGCACUGCACCACCUGUAACCGAAAGUACUGCUCCACCUGUAACCGAAAGUACUGCCCCACCUGUAACCGAAAGUACUGCUCCACCUGUAACCGAAAGUACUGCUCCACCUGUAACCGAAAGUACACCUUGCAUAGAAACCGAAAGUACAGCUCCACCUGUAACCGAAAGUACUGCUCCACCUGUAACCGAAAGUACUGCUCCACCUGUAACAGAAAGUACUGCACCAUCUGUAACAGAAAGUACUGCACCACCUGUAACCGAAAGUACUGCUCCACCUGUAACCGAAAGUACUGCUCCACCUGUAACUGAAAGUACUGCUCCACCUGUAACAGAAAGUACUGCACCACCUGUAACCGAAAGUACUGCUCCACCUGUAACCGAAAGUACUGCCCCACCUGUAACCGAAAGUACUGCACCACCUGCAACGACAACCACACCUUGCAUAGAAACCACAGUUUCUCCUGUAACAGAAACUGAAGAAUGCGAUGAUAGUGACUCAAUUUAUGAUCUACAUAAGCAUCAUCACCUUUCGGAUGAUAUUGAAAUAUAUGAAGAGGGUGGUAGUGUUGAAACCGUUGAGAGCGUAGAUGAUCGCCCCUGUUGUGAAUGCCAUAACGACAAUCAGAAAAUUGUAGUUUUUAACCCGAAGAAUGAUACUUCAACACUUAUGUUUAAAUUAUUUAAUCGUGCAUACCAAAUUGUAAUUAAUUUGAAAGACAAAUGUGACUGUCCCUGCCAUUCGGAUGAAUCAAAGAAAUAA